AUGAAAGCUUAUAAUCCAGAACUUGACCACCUAAGAUAUGCCAAUCACGUAAAUAACUUCCUUAUUGGUGGAUUCGCAGGAGUAAUCGGAACAAUCGUUAUUCUACCAGUCGACUACGUAAAAGUUAAAAUUCAAGGAUUAGCAGAAGGACACAGAGGUGACUACGAGAAGCCAUUACAUUUCGCCCAACGUAUAUUAAAAGAGAAAGGAAUCAAAAAGUUUUACUCAGGCAUUCAUCCAGCAAUCCAUCGGCAAGCCAUUUAUUCCACAACCCGUAUUGGAUUAUAUAAAACUCUGAGUGACCACGACAAAGAGCACUCAGGCCAGCCUACAAUCCCAUUUGUUAAAAAAGCGUUUUAUUCUAUUUUUUCAGGUGGUUUAGCUUCUUUUCUUGUAAAUCCUCUCGAUCUUACUAUGGUAAGGCUCCGCUACGACCAUAAACAGUAUUCCGGCAUUUUUGAUGCCCAGAGAAAAAUGAUUAAAGAAGAAGGGAUUUUUACGUUUUGGAAAGGCUCAGUGCCCACAAUCUUGAGGGCAAUGAUAAUUAAUUUUACAAUGCUUGCAACAUAUGAUGAAUCUAAUGAGCAUUUUAUGACCAGUUUUGAGGAAAAUCCGUCACAUAGAUUUUUCAGCUCAGUUUUGGCUGCAACUUUGUCGUGCAUUGUUGCAAUGCCGUUUGAUAAUAUUAAAGUAAAGUACCAGAGAAUGGAAAUAGGCCCUGAUGGAACUUUUAAAUAUAAAGGGUUUAUUGAUUGUGUAAGGAAAAGCUUGAAAUCAGAAGGUUUUUGGAGAUUAUACACAGGAUUUCCGUUGUUCGUAAUGAAGUUAGCUCCACAUGUAGUUAUUACACUGCUUACUAUGGAUCUGCUUCAUCAUCUUAUUGAUCCAUACACUGCGAGAAGUCUCAAAUACAAUAAAUAA